AUGCGACUCUUCAUCAUCCCGAUCUCGACUCGACGAGCUCUGAUCUAUUCGCGAACCUUCAGCAAGGAUGUCUCGAAGAAAAUUUCCCUGACCGAUCAGAUCACAAGCAAGGUUGCUCAGACCUGGGCUAAAUGGGAAGAAGCCGAUAAAGGUUGGAAAAAACACCUCGUCUCCUGGGGAAAUCGGGUCCAGCAGCGGAUCCCCUUUGAAGAAUGGGGACUCAAGAGUAUUCCUUCUCUCAAUGCCCAACAGCGACUCGAUCCGUCGCAUGGGUCGAAGCCGAUAGAUGUGCUUUUCCCAGGUAAUGCGAUCAAGGAGGAGAAGCUCCAGACAAUCCUACGGGCGAUUGCCACGGAACGACAAGACUUGCAUCGCAAGAAAAUGUGGUGGAGCUUUCUUGCAGCCCCUAUAACGGCCCCAAUUGGAUUGAUUCCUCUAAUCCCUAAUGUCCCCUUUUUCUACCUUGCGUAUCGAGGUUGGUCGCAUUGGCGAGCAUUGAAUGGCUCUAGACACUUGGAGUUCCUGGUUGAUAAGAACUUGCUAAGACCGGUCUCAUAUCCCGCACUUGAACAGUUGUACGCGAAGAGAGUCUCGCGCGCAUUAGAAAACACCACUGUCGAAAAACCCGUUCCCCAGAUGGUGGAGGAUGUGGAGAACAGCAAAGACACGCUUCUACUCCGCAUGACCGAUGCUAAAAAAUUGGCAACGAUACUGGAUGCCCCGGAGCUGGCCCUAGAAGCAGAGCGGGCAAUUGUACAGGUUGAGGAGCAGUUGCGGAUGCAGAAGAAGAAAGAGGAAGAAGAAUCUGCAAAGAAGGAUAUGGCUGGCGAUGGACUUGACACAUACAAGAACGGCAGCUGUCACGCAAAUUUCACCAUGUCAACCAAGAAAAUUGAGCAGUGGGAAAUCGAACGAUACUGGGAGAUCUUCGCAUCAUUAGCCAAUGGCCAGCCGCGUUUGAACAACUCCCAAGCGGCCUCGGUGCUCAGGAACAGUCGGCUUCGCGAUGAGCAAUUGGAAAAGGUCUGGGAUCUGGCCGAUGUAGAUGGCGACGGCGAAUUGGAUUUUGAAGAGUUCUGUGUUGCGAUGCGAUUGAUCUUUGACGUUGUCAACGGCGAACUUCAAAAUGUCCCCGCCGUCUUGCCUGAUUGGCUCGUCCCUGAAUCUAAGUCCCAUCUCGUCCACGCCACCCGUGCUCUAGGUAGCCAGGAGCAGUUCGAACGGAUAGAAGAUGAAGAUGACACGCCAGGUCUUAAAGAUGGAUUUGACUGGUACAUGAACCCAGCCGAUAAGACCAAGUAUGAAGAGAUCUACUCCGCCAACAAGAACCACCGCGGGGAAAUCGCAUUCGAAUCAUUACAACCCCUCUACGAUUCCCUCGAUGUUCCCGAUACCGACAUCCGCUCCGCCUGGAACCUGGUGAACCCCUCCGCGUCCUCGUCGAUCAAUAAAGAUGCCACCCUUGCCUUCCUACACACCCUGAAUUACCGACACGAGGGAGUCCGCAUUCCCCGCUCUAUCCCGGCUUCUUUGCGCGCCUCGUUCGAGAACAACAAGAUCGACUACCAACUUGACAAUGCGCGUCCGUCGCAGAAAUGGGGUUCGAACGGAGAGGAGACACGCUCUGGCCGGAAAGCCAAGUUUGGUGAUACGUACCUGAGUCGACUGGGUGCGGGCGGCAAAACGUCCUACACUCCCAAAGGCACGGAUUUCAGCGAAACAAUCCAGGACGAGGAAUGGGAGAGGGUCCGAUUGAGGCGCGAGCUAGCGGACAUCGAGUCCAAGCUCGAUUCCGCCAGAAAGGCAUCGGAAGGACGAAGGGACCAGCCCAGGAACGACGGUCGAACCAACUGGGUUUUGAUCAAGAAGGAGGCCCUGCAGCUAUUGGAGUAUAAGGAGCGCGAGCUACGGGAGCUGCGUGAAGGCACGGGCCGGUCCAAAGAAGGCCAAAAUGUGGAACGGCUCGCGGAAGAUGUCAAAGCCGUUGGAGAGCAGGUCGAAGGGUUGAAGAGCCACCUUGCUCAACGGAAAGAAGCCCUCGCCGACUUGCGACAACAGGCCGAGGAAGAACGAGCAUCUCGGUAG